GCGGGGCUGCGGGAGCAGAGAGGUCGGAGUUGCUGCGGCGCCUGGCUCUGUGGAUGAAGCUGCCGCAGGCGAGUGCUUGAGUGGGUAUCCCAAGCUGUGGCACGGGUGCGUGCUCUUUUUCGAGCGAGGAGAGUUAAAAGAGAACGACGACCUGGGCUUAAGGAGUUUUUUCCGUACUGUAGUUAUUUGUCCUUACAGGAGGAGAAGAAAAAUGAAGCAAUAACAUUUUAUGAGAGGCCAUUGUUAUCAUGGCAGUGAUACCUGAACCUUACAGCUAUGUAUUGGCAGAGCUUGAAUGCCUUAGUCCCCUGCUUUCUGCUCUCAGGCUGGAUUCUAGUCGUCUGAAGUGCACAUGUAUAGGAGUUUCUCGAAAAUGGUUGGCAUUAGGUAGCUCAGGUGGAGGCCUAAAUCUCAUCCAGAAAGAUUGUUGGAAACAGAGGCUUUUCCUGUCUCAUAAGGAAGGUGCCAUUUCCUGUGUUGCCUUUUGUUUACAUGAUGAGGAUUAUGUUGCUGUAGCUACCAGUCAAGGCCUUGUUGUUGUAUGGGAAUUGAAUCAAGAGCGUCGUGGGAAACCAGAGAGGAUUUAUGUCUCCUCUGAGCACAAAGGCAGAAAAGUAACAGCUCUUUGUUGGGAUACUAAUGCACUCCGUGUUUUUGUUGGUGAUCAUGUGGGGAAAGUGUCUGUGAUCAAGAUUAAUUCCUCCAGACAAGGAAAGGUCACUACUGCAUUUGUGAUGUUUCCCAUUCAUAUUAUAACCACGGUUGAUUCUCGUGUGGUUCAGCUUGAUUAUCUGGAUGGCAGGUUGCUUAUUUCUUCUCUUACUCGCUCUUACUUAUGUGACACAGAGAGGGAAAAGUUCUGGAAGAUUGGAAAUAAGGAAAGAGAUGGUGAAUAUGGAGCUUGUUUUUUUCCAGUUGGAAAGAGUUGUGCAAACCAACAGUCACUGAUAUAUUGUGCAAGGCCUGGUUCACGGAUGUGGGAGGUGAACUUUGAAGGGGAAGUGCUAAGUACACAUCAAUUCAAACAGCUGUUGUCAUCACCACCUCUCCCUGUUAUUACUAUCAGGGAGGAUCCAGAGUAUAACAUUUCUGCGUGCUCUCCUCAGUCCUUGGCAUUUCCCAGGCUGCUUUAUUUAAGUGAGCACUGUAUAAUGACAUGGACAGAAAGAGGCAUUUAUAUUUUCAUUCCUCAGAAUGUCCAAGUUCUGCUCUGGAGUGAAGUGAAAGAUAUCUAUGAUAUUGCAGUAUAUAAAAAUGAACUCUUCUGCUUACAUACCAAUGGAAAAGUCUCUCAUCUCUCACUUCUGACAGUUGAAAAAUGUGUAGAACGAUUGCUUAGAAGAAGCUUUUGGACUCUUGCAGCCAAAAUGUGCUGUCUUUUCCAGAAUUCUAUUGUUUUGUGUCGGGCAAGAAAGAUUCUUCCUGUAGAUAAGCUGGAGCAUCUGAAGUCACAGUUGGAUCUUUCAACAGAAACUGAUCUCAUUACUCAACUUGAAGAACUGAUCUCAAAACUUGAGCCUUUAGAUUCUGCAUGCAGCAGCAGAAGAAGCAGUAUUUCUUCACACGAGAGUUUCAGCAUAUUAGAUUCUGGAAUUUAUCGUGUUAUUAGUAGAAGAAACAGUCAGUCUGAUGAAGAUUCUUGUUCCUUACAUAGCCAAACCUUAUCAGAAGAUGAAAGACUGAAAGAAUUUCAUGUACAACAAGAAGAGGAGCAGGUGGAACAUGGUAAUUUAAAUAUUUGUUAAAUAUUUUAUAAACAUGCAGUUGGACAUUCUGUGAUUACUUGGAGAACAAAGUUGCUGGUAAUUCUGAUCAUUUGGCAUCAUUUGAAGUUUCUGCAAAUGUCAUUGAAUUGACAUUGUGAUAGGUCUGCAUUGAUUUUGAAUACUGAUUUCAUAUCAAGACUAAAUGAUAAAAAAGACAGCAUUGUGUACUAUUUUUUGUAAGUCUUCACCCAUAUCUUGGGUAUUUCCUCUCUUUGUCCCCUUUUCUUGCCUAGCCAUAGAUAAUUCUGAAUCUUAAUGAGCUGUCAGAAGUUAGCUGAUCAGCUAAUUCAGUGGCCAGCAACACUCAUUGUUUUAAAGCAGAAUAUGCUUUCUUUGGUUUUGGCUUAGUGUGUUA